GCUCAAAACCACAACUACUUAUCUACAUAUUAUACCUUAAAUUGUGCAAUAUUAGCAGUGAUUCCUUAACUUGAGGUCGUUAUACUACUUUCUUUCUACUCCACCUUCAGCUAUGGCAUCAUGGUGUUUUAAUGGCAUGACCGCCCUGGUUACUGGUGGUGGUCGGGGCUUAGGACAAGCAAUAGUAGAAGUAUUAGCAAGUUCUGGAGCAAAUGUAUACACGUGUGCAUUGGAACAAGAUGAACUGGAUCAGAGUUUGCAAGAAUGGAAUGAUAAGGGAUAUAAAGUAUCCGGCAUGGCUUGUAACCUAAUGGUGCGAGAGGAGCGUGAGAAGCUUAUGAAGGCCGCUGGCGAUCACUUCAAUGGAAAACUCGAUAUUCUUGUAAAUAAUGCAGGGUUGGCAAUAUUUAAAGAAUUUCAAGAUUUUACUGAAAAAGAUUGGUCAAUUAUAAUUGGCACCAAUCUUGAGGCUUCUUUCCACAUUACUCAAAUGGCACACCCUUUGCUAAAAGCUUCUGGAAAUGGAAGCCUAGUUUUUAUGUCUUCUGCUUCCAGUCUUAUUGCAACACCUGCUUCUUCUCUCUAUGGAGUCUCCAAAGGGGCAAUAAAUCAAUUGACGAAAAACUUAGCAGCCGAGUGGGCAAAAGAUAACAUUCGUGUUAAUGCUGUGGCGCCAUGGAUCAUCAAAACUCCUCUCACUGAGUUAAUCUCCAAAGAUCCUAUGAUAAAAGAAACAGUUAACGUGCAAAUCAAUAGGACAAUGUUGCGCCGUCUUGGGGAGCUUGCUGAAGUUUCUGGACCAGUAGCGUUCUUAUGCUCUCCGGCGGCUUCUUAUAUUACCGGCCACAUACUGGCUAUAGACGGCGGAGCUACCGUCAAUGGUUGCCCUUAAUUGCUCAGAUCAUAUAUACCGGUCUCAAUAUAUAAGCAAUAUGUGUAUGUAUUUUGAAGUUUGUCAUCAUUUUGUUUGAAUUGUAACUUUGAAAGUUCGAGUGGAGUGUGUCAAAAUAAAUAUAAAUGUUGAGAUAUGAAGUGUACUUAAAGU